AAUUGAUAGCCUCAGGUACUUUUGCGAAAUAAAUUACAAAAUAAUAUGAUGCACAGAAUGUGGGACAAAGAACCGCUGAUUCCGACCUCCUACGCGCCGAGGUACAAGCAAAUUCUCAAGGCGUCGCCGCAGGUGUGCUUCAGGGACUGCCUGAAACUUUUGCUGGCGCCGCUGAUACCCUCCCCUAAAUGUGAGCCCUUCAAACCCUUGGAGUUGGCGACCCCGACUGUGGCCUACAUUGGCCUUGUGCUGAUCCUCUACAAUUUCAAAUCGGACACUUCCGAGUUGUCCACGGCCCUGCUGGCCGUCACCUUGUACAUGACCCUGGCUCCAGUCGGAACUUACCUCUUGUGUCGGGCUGCGAAGGCAACCUUGACCUUCAUGAAGGUCUUCUCUGUCGUUGCAGCCUCGCAGAUCGGCACUCUCCUCACCCUUCUGGUGCCCAUCCUGAUUUCCCAUGAAAAUGCUUUCAAAAGUCAUGUCCCUUUUUUGGUAGCCUUGGCUGUCUUCGGCGGUCUGACCACCAUCAGGGUUUGCCUGGUCAUCAUUGUGUCCCUCCCUGUGCCAGUUAUGCGCCUUAUCGUGGGCACUUUGGUAGCCCUGAUGAAUUUGUUCUUUGUCCUCUACCUUCAUUUUGCAUUCAUGCAUCCCACCUUCAAGUAUGGCAUCGGCGCAUACAAGUCGAGUUUCUAAGUAGCAAAAUUUGUUGAGAAUUUAGAUAAGUGUCAAAAUGUUCGAAUAAUACAGAUAUUUCUGUGCUAAAAAUCAACAAUCUUUGGUUUU